AUGCCACCAAAAAAGAAGGUAGAACAAAAGCCAGAAAGCGUUGUUGAAAGACCAACUAGAUCUGCAAAGAAGAAUGUAAACUAUGCCGAAUUGCCGUUGAUCAAAUUAAAUAAGGCAGCCAAAGGUGAGAAAGAAACAACUGUCAAGGCAGAUAAAGCUAAGAAAGAUACUGAAGUUGAUAAAGUUAAAGCUCCAAAAGGUGGUAAAAGAAAAAUUGAUUCAGAGGGUACAAAAGAAAUAAAAGAUUCUGAUGAUAAAAAAACUACCAUUAAAAGAGGUAAAAAGGAAAAAUUUGAGGCAAACACCCAGGACAAAACUGUUGCCGAAGAGUCUGCAAAAACUGAAAAACCUGUUGCUAAAAAAAGGCGCAAAGAGAAAAGGAAAGCAGCAAGCACGAAGCCAGGGAAAAAAGGUUCAAAUCUAAAAGAAUCAGCGCCAGAAGAAAUUGAGACUAAAGUUGAGGAAGAUGAAGAUAAAUUACAGAGUCCAGAAAAUGAGACCAAAGAAGUAGAACAAAAAACCAAAAAACCAUUGAAAAAAACGGCCACCAAGACAGCAAAAGGCAAGAAGACUAUAAAGAACAGCAAUGAAGUUCAAG